ACAUUUAAAAUUUGUCAUAAAUAUUAGUAAUAAAAAAAAUAAUAAUUGUAGAUUUUAGUGUCUGUACUUAUGUCAAAAUAAAAUAAUGAUUAUUAAUUGAACAUUGUAAAUCAUUCACUUACGCUUAAAUUUAUUUAAAUGGCGACUAAUGAUUUGACUAGAGUUAAGGGAACUUCUAUUGUUAAACCAAUUAUAUAUGGAAAUACUGCUAAAUAUUUUGGUCAAAAACGACACGAAGAUGGUCAUACUCACAAAUGGUGUGUUUAUGUAAGGCCUUAUGUUAAUGAAGACAUUGGUACCUGGGUCAAAAAAGUUCAUUUUAAAUUACAUGACAGCUAUGAAAGUCCAACUCGAGUGGUGCAAAAACCUCCGUUUGAGGUGUCUGAAACAGGCUGGGGCGAAUUUGAAUUAGUUAUCAAGAUAUUUUUUCAAGAUACAAGUGAAAGACCAGUUACACUUUAUCAUGUACUUAAGUUGUACAGCAAUGGACAAGACUCUGAACUAAGUGAAAAACCAGUUUUGUCAGAAUUUUAUGAGGAAAUUAUUUUUCAAGAUCCAUCAACUUACAUGAAAUAUGUAUUAAAUGAUACAUUGAGUAAAAAUCCUCCUAUUGAUGAACAAAAUCUACAUUAUGAACGUAUAAAGAAGACAACAGUUGAAAAAAUGAUAAAAUCUAGAAAAAGAGUACAAGAACACACAGUUAUGUACAAAGAACGUUUAAAAAAGUUGAGAGAAACUAUAAACAAAUUUAAAGAUGAAAUUUGUGCAUUGCAAUCACAAUGUAGUUCAUCAACAUUGCGAUAAAUAAAAAUAAAUAGAUCUAUAACGAUUAUUGACAUAUUUUAUUAAAUACACAAAUAUUAGGUAUCUAUUUAUAAUAGUUACUAUAUUUUAAGCGAUUUAUUUUUUAAUAUUAUUUUAAUUUCUAACUGAAUAAAUACAAAUUAUAAUCUAUAUUUCAUAAGUAAUUUUCAGUUAUAAUUUUAUAACCUUUACCAUUGAUUAUAUAAUAUACUAUUUUAUUUAGAUCUACUAUAUUACAAUCAAUGUCAUUUCCACCCCUCCGGUUAGAUUAUAAAAUGUUUAUAAAUUAUUUAUAAUAAAAUGAAAAUUUAUAGUAUAUUAUGACUUAUGAGAUUAAUGUUUUUUUGAUUUGUACGACUCUCUUAUGAAAUAAUACAUUAUAUAUCUGGUGAGGUUCAAUAAUAUAUAUUGUAUGUAUAUUUUUUUUUAAAUCACCCAGAUUAUAUUUAAUCUAGCUGAAGUAAUUUGUCAAGUACCCAGAGCCGUGCGGUUAAGAUUUGGCGCCCAGGGCAAAAUUAAAAAUAUUCACCCCUAUUUUAUUUAUCAUUGUGCAUUUCAAUUUUUUUGGUGCCCUUUUAAAUUGCCUGGGGCGCAUGCCCCCUAGGCCCCUCCCACGGCACGGCACUGCAAGUACCCUAAAAAAUUUUUAUAUAACUUAUAAGUACACAAAGUACAUUUAGACUUGUUACUUCUUAGUUCUUAUCUUUUCUAAUGGAAAACUUAUUAAAAAAAAAAAAACCAGUUAUUAUUUUAAUUUUAAGGC